AUGCGCCUCCCCUUCCUCUACCCCGCCCUCCUGGCCCUCUUCUUCUCUUCCGUCACUGAGGGCGCAAAGAAACCCCCCGCCAAAGACGCCAUUCUCCUCUCGCAAGUAAAGACCCUCACCUUGCGCAACAACGCCAAAACAUCUCAACGCAGGGUCUCCGCCAUCCCGCAACUAACCUGCAGAGGCCCAGGAUGCGCACACUACAAAGUAGACGUCAUGCGGUGCACAAACCAGGGCUCAGCGUAUAAUAGUGAGGAUGUGGAGUGGAGCUGUACCGCGAGUUUACCGCCUGAGUUCAAGCUGGGGAGUACGGAUGUGGUGUGUGAGGGUUAUCGGAACCGGGAUGAUGAGUACAUUUUGAAGGGCAGC